GCAUGAAAUGUUGAACUUCAGACACAUUACUGUUAAGGAGUGUCUUUGUGCUGGUGCAAAGCUCGGGUUUUGUCAGUGACUUUGCUAUAUAUGUUGGAUGUUCUUAUUGAUUCACCAGGAGGACUUCACUGCACCUUUUGAAGACAUCAGGCAAGAGACAGCUAUCCAAGUAAAGAACGUCUGCCAAAAAACAAAGAAACCAGGACAUGAGAAGCUCUUCGACUUUUCUAUUAUUUACAGUAAUCCAGUACAUCUCCAGCAUAUAAAUGUCUUUUCUCAGCACAGGGAAUAGGCAAAUUUUUCUUUCUAAUUAAAAACCUCAUGGAUCAAAGUCCUUCACAGCCACAUCCUGCAAUUGUGAGUAGAGUGUGGGUUCACAGAGGAGAAAACAGCAGUAUUUGAGCCAAACGCACCAGUACUGGAGCAGAGGGAGAGAGCAGCUGAGUUGUCCAGUCAUCUGAGGUUGACCAACGCUGUCACUGUAGGUCAUGUGUGCUGCAGGUCUGGAGGAGUACUGUGGAUCCAUCUUUUGGAAUGCUUCAUAUCUGGAGCGACCAGACCCAGACCUCCCAGUAUGUGUGGAACAGACGGUUCUUGUCUGGAUCCCCCUGGGCUUCCUGUGGCUCUGUGCCCCUUGGCUACUGGUGUCUCUCUGCAGGAGGACAACAGUAAAUAAAAAACACCUGUCGAAGAUCUAUAUCUGCAAACAGCUUGUGGUGUCUCUGUUGUUCCUGACGGCCAUAGCAGGCCUAGGAGUCACACUAGGAGAAGAUUAUGGUCCAAAUACUGAGCGAUCUUCAAAAAAUGCUGGUGUAUACUAUGCAAAUCCAGUCUUGUUUGCAGUCACAUGGAUCCUGGUCCUGCUGUGCCAGGAAGGAGUGAGACGGGAAAGAGCAAUAGACUCUGCCUGUCUUUUCCUCUUCUGGUUACUCCUUGUACUGUGCAAUGUCUUUCCUUUCCAGACCCUCCUACGAGAGGCACUCAGACUGGGGGAGGUCAGUGAUGUCCCACGUUUCUGCCUUUUCUACAUUUCUUUUGGUCUUCAAUUGAUUGCACUGGUUCUUUCUGGUGUGGCCGAUAUCCCCCCAGAAGCUAAGGACCUUGUAAAAAAGAAUCCUGAAGCAGGUGCACCAUUUUUGAGCAGAAUCACAUUCAACUGGUUAAACAGUAUGGUGGUGAAAGGCUACAAACAACCUCUGGUUCAGGAGGACAUGUGGGAUCUAAAUGAUAAAGAUAGCACUGCUUUCAUCAGCGAGCGUUUCCAGCAUUUCAUGAAGCCUGAGUUGGCUGCAGCUAGGGUCCGCUUCCAGAACAAGUUGAAGAAGAAACCAGCAAAAAACAGAGACAAUGGCCACGAAGACCCAUAUCAAAAUGGACCUUCCAGCGGUCUGGGGAAAGGUGUGAGUCAGGAUGUACUUAUGAUGGAGGAAAGGGGGAAGAAAGAAGGUGAAAAGAAAAAGAAAAAGGACAAAAAGGAGGAGGAAGAAAACUAUCCGAAUUCAUGGCUGAUUACCACCAUUUACAAGACCUUUAAAUGGCUUCUGAUUGAAUCUGCCUUUUUCAAACUCCUGCAGGACGUGAUGACAUUUGUCAGUCCUCAACUCCUUAAACUGAUGAUCUCCUUCACUCAGGACGAAUCCAGAUAUGCCUGGGAAGGGUAUUUGUAUGCAGUGUUGCUGCUGGUGGUGGCCCUUCUGCAGUCUCUGUCCCUGCAACAGUAUUUCCAGCGCUGCUUUGUGUUGGGAAUGAAGGUUCGCACUGCACUUAUGGCUGCUGUGUACAAAAAGGCAUUAGUGGUGUCCAAUGACACUCGUAAGGAGUCAACAGUAGGAGAAACAGUGAACCUGAUGUCAGCAGAUGCCCAGCGCUUUAAUGAUGUGACCAACUUCAUCCACCUGCUGUGGUCCUGCCCUCUGCAGAUCAUCAUAUCCAUUGUUUUCCUGUGGCUGGAGUUAGGACCUUCUGUGCUGGCAGGACUGGGAGUUAUGGUGUUAAUGGUUCCAAUCAAUGGACUGUUAGCAACCAAAGCCAGAAAAAUCCAGGUAGAGAACAUGAAGUUUAAAGACAAGAGAAUGAAAAUCAUGAAUGAAAUUCUAAAUGGGAUCAAGAUUCUGAAGUUGUAUGCUUGGGAGCCAUCCUUCCAGAAACAGGUGGAAGACAUUAGAGGUGAAGAAUUAAAAGUCAUGAAGAGGUUUGCCUACCUGACAGCCAUCUCUGUCUUUAUCUUCAGCUGCGCUCCAGCUGUGGUUUCUCUGGCCACAUUUGCAGUGUUUGUAAGUGUGAGCAGCGAUAAUGUGUUAACUGCUGAGAAAGCUUUUACUUCCAUCUCUCUCUUCAACAUCCUCCGAUUUCCUCUGGCCAUGCUUCCCAUGCUCAUUGCUUCCAUUGUGCAAACAACAGUCUCUAAGAAGCGCCUGGAGAAGUUUCUGGCAGGGGAAGACAUUGACACUGACAUUGUGCGCCAUGACCCCAGUUUCAACACUGCUGUGAGCGUAUGCGAUGGUUCCUUUGCUUGGGAAAAAGAUGCAAAGCCUCUGCUGAAAAAUGUGAAUUUGGACGUUAAGCCUGGUCGGUUGGUUGCAGUAGUGGGAGCUGUUGGGUCAGGAAAGUCGUCACUUAUGUCAGCCCUCCUGGGAGAGAUGCACAGUACCAAAGGGUUCAUCAACAUUCAGGGCUCUCUUGCCUUUGUGCCGCAGCAAGCCUGGAUCCAAAAUGCCACUUUGAGGAAUAAUAUCUUGUUCGGGUCUCCUCAUGAGGAAGAGAGGUUCAAAGAAGUAAUAGAAGCCUGUGCUCUCGCCCCCGACCUUGAGCUGCUGCCUGGAGGAGACCUCACUGAGAUUGGAGAGAAAGGUAUCAACCUCUCAGGGGGUCAGAAGCAACGUGUGAGUUUGGCCAGAGCAGCCUACAGCCAGGCUGACAUUUAUCUAUUAGAUGAUCCCUUGUCUGCUGUGGACUCUCAUGUAGGAAAGCAUCUCUUUGAAAAAGUUAUUGGACCCAACGGAAUACUUAAAAGCAAGACUCGUAUUCUGGUGACUCAUGGCAUUAGCUUCCUGCCUUAUGUGGAUGAAAUAGUGGUUUUGGAGAGUGGAGUGAUUUCUGAAGCUGGAUCCUACAACAACCUUCGUGCCAGCGGAGGAGCUUUUUCUAAGUUUCUCGACACAUACGCCAAAGAGCAGAGCAAUCAAAGAUAUUCAGAAUCAGGUGAUGGCCAGGACACAGAGGAGUUUGAACUCAUUCCUGACAGAGACGAUGCCCAACCUGACUCUCCUUUGGAGGACACUGUUUCUCUUACACUGAAGAGAGAAAACAGCAUCCGGCACAGCCAGCGCAAUGGCAGUGUCAGACUAAGAAGAAAUACUUCUGUAAAAACCUCAGAAAAUGCUGAUGAACCAAAGAAAGGCCAGAGGCUUAUAGAGAAAGAAACUAUGGAAACAGGACAGGUGAAGCUUGCAGUGUUCCUACAAUACCUGCGAGCCAUGGGCUGGGGAUAUUCUGCCACAGUCUUUGUAAUUUACUUCAUCCAGAACGUUGCUUUCAUCGGUCAGAAUCUGUGGCUGAGUGACUGGACCAGUGAUUCCGUGGUGUACUUCAACCAGACAUACCCUUCCUGGAAGAGGGACACCAGGGUUGGAGUGUUUGGAGCUCUUGGAGUGGUUCAGGGUCUCUUUGUGUUCUUCGGCACACUGCUCCUAGCCAAUGCUUCCGUUGAUGCAUCUCGUAUCCUGCAUUCACGGCUGCUCAACAACAUCCUCAGAGUUCCCAUGGUUUUCUUUGACACUACACCUACUGGGAGAGUGGUCAACCGCUUUGCAAAAGACAUUUUUACCAUAGAUGAAGCCAUUCCUACUUCCUUCCGUUCUUGGCUCCUGUGUCUACUGGGUGUGCUAGGGACAUUAUUUGUCAUCUCCCUGGCAACUCCUUUCUUUGCCGUUGUCAUCAUUCCUCUGGGCCUGAUCUACUUCUUUGUACAGCGCUUUUAUGUCGCCACUUCAAGACAGCUGCGCCGGUUGGACUCUGUGUCUCGCUCACCGAUAUACUCUCAUUUUGGCGAGACGGUGUCGGGCCUGUCAGUGAUAAGAGCCUACAAGCAUCAAGAAAGGUUUCUUAAACACAAUGAAGUAACUAUAGAUGAAAACCUCAAAAGCGUCUAUCCGUGGAUUGUGUCUAACAGAUGGCUGGCCAUACGUCUGGAGUUUGUUGGGAACCUGGUGGUGUUUUUUUCUGCUCUGUUUGCUGUCAUUUCCAGAGAUUCUAUUGACAGUGGUCUGGUUGGCCUUUCUAUAUCCUAUGCCCUUAAUGUAACCCAGACCCUCAACUGGCUGGUGAGGAUGACCUCAGAGCUGGAGACCAAUAUUGUAGCUGUGGAGAGAGUGAGCGAGUACACUGAGCUUGAAAACGAGGCUGAGUGGAUCACUGAGACGCGGCCUCCACAGCAGUGGCCAGAAGCAGGAAGAGUGCAGUUUGAUAACUAUAAAGUCCGUUACAGACCUGAACUGGACUUAGUGCUGCAUGGAGUCACUUGUGAUAUCGACAGCACUGAGAAGAUCGGUAUUGUGGGUCGCACAGGAGCUGGGAAAUCAAGUCUUACCAACUGCCUAUUUAGAAUUAUUGAAGCUGCUGAAGGUCGCAUCCUCAUCGAUGAUAUAGAUAUCUCUACAAUAGGCCUUCAUGACCUCAGAAACAGGCUCACAAUUAUACCACAGGAUCCUGUUUUGUUCUCAGGGUCACUGAGGAUGAACUUGGAUCCAUUUGACAAGUUCAGUGAUGAGGAGAUCUGGAGAGUGCUGGAGCUCUCCCAUCUAAAGGACUACGUAUCAGGGCUGCAGGAAGGAUUACAGCAUGAAGUUGCAGAGGGAGGAGAGAACCUCAGUGUUGGGCAGAGGCAGCUUCUGUGUCUGGCUCGAGCGCUCCUGAGAAAGUCCCGUAUCUUAAUUCUGGAUGAAGCCACGGCAGCUGUUGACCUGGAGACAGACGACCUGAUUCAGAACACCAUCCGCAAAGAGUUUUCAGAUUGCACAGUCCUUACCAUCGCCCACCGCCUGCACAGUAUCAUGGACAGCUCUCGGGUAAUGGUGCUCGAUGCUGGAAAAAUUGUGGAAUUUGAUUCGCCGAGCAACCUGCUUGAAAAAGGAGGUCAUUUCCAUGCCAUGGCAAAGGAUGCUGGGAUAAAGCGAGAAAGCAACAUACAUUUAUAAUUUUGUACUUCUACUGUUUUUUUAGGGAUGAUUUAAAUAAAUUGUUUAUGCUUUUUGUUUGUUUUUUCAUUUUGAAAGCUGACUUGUACCUUGACAUAAACACUGAAAUAUGUAUUUAUAGGAAACAAUGGAGAGAAAGCAUAUCAUAUUUUAUGUGGGAAUAAUAAAAUCUUUUUCAGAAAUCAUG